CUAUAGGUUAAAUACAUAAUUUACAUGAACCUUUAUUUAAUUAUUGUUCUUAUGUAUAAUGUUUCUGAAAAAACCACUCUACACUCAAAAUGAUCACAAUGAAUCGGACAGGGAAACAGGAACCAACUCCACCAGAGUAUGCCCUUGCAGCUGAAAUGUUUGACCACUUCUGUUCUGCUGGAACUAUGAAACAAAUACUAGCUCUUCACCGAGAAAUAUGCAACACUCUCAAUUUAAAACCCAACAGAUUACCAGAUUUCUACCCAAAGCUCAAAGCUAUGCUCGCCGGUUCGUGGAAAGCUCAGGCACUGUUUAAGAAAUUCGACGCGCGCGCUAAUCACAAGGUGUACGCGAAAGGACGCAGCUGUCCGCAGACGAAGGUGCUCAUCAUUGGCGCCGGACCCUGUGGUCUGCGAGCUGCCAUUGAGUGCCAGCUGUUGGGAGCCAAAGUGGUUGUGGUUGAGAAGAGAGACCGAAUAUCCCGGAAUAAUGUGCUCCACCUAUGGCCGUUUGUUAUUCACGAUCUCAAAGCUCUAGGUGCUAAGAAAUUCUUUGGCAAAUUUUGCGCGGGUUCAAUAGAUCACAUUAGCAUCAGGCAGCUACAGUGCAUACUCAUGAAGGUAUCAUUACUCUUGGGUGUUGAAAUUCAUGAAGGUGUCAGUUUUGAAGAACUCUUGGAGCCCAGUGUAACAAAUAAUGCUGAAGUGGUCGGGUGGCGGGCUCGCGUCCUGCCCGCGAGCCACCCCGUGUCGCAGUUCGAGUUCGACGUGCUCAUAGGAGCGGACGGCAAGCGGAACACCUUGCAAGGGUUUAAACGAAAGGAGUUCCGCGGGAAACUAGCCAUGGCCAUCACUGCCAACUUUAUAAACAGGCACACGGAGCAGGAGGCGGCGGUUCCAGAAAUCAGUGGAGUCGCUUUUAUAUUUAACCAAAAAUUUUUCAAAGAUCUCUAUGAAGAGACUAGGAUUGACUUGGAAAAUAUAGUUUACUAUAAGGAUGACACGCAUUACUUUGUGAUGACGGCGAAGAAACACAGCCUUUUAGAUAAAGGUGUUCUACUUCAAGACCACGCGGAGGUUUCCCGGCUGCUCAGCGUGACCAACGUGGACCGCGAGGCGCUCAUGCGGUACGCGCGGGAGGCGGCUCGCUUCUCCACCGAGGGCCGCCUGCCGCUGCGGGACUUCGCCCUCAACCACUACGGGGAGCCCGACGUCGCCCUCUUCGACUUCACCUCCAUGUACGCCGCGGAGAACGCCAGCAUUGUGCACGAGAGGCUGGGGCGGCGGCUGCUGUGCCAGCUGGUGGGAGACAGCCUGCUGGAGCCGUUCUGGCCCACGGGGUCGGGGUGCGCGCGCGGGUUCCUGUCGGCGCUGGACGCGGCGUGGGCGGCGCGCGCCUGGGGGCUGGCGGCGCACCCGCUGCACGUGCUGGCCGAGCGGGAGAGCGUCUACCGCCUGCUGGCUCAGACAACCCCGGAGAAUUUGCAGCGCGACUUCGGCUCGUACACGUUGGAUCCUGGCUCGCGGUAUCCCAACCUGAACCGUAGCGCCGUCACUCCGCACCGCGUUACCUCCUACUACGACUCCGACGACCCACUGCCGCUCGACUCCUGCUCGCCCAAGAAGCGGCUCAGAGAGAGCGAGGUGUCGGAGGCGGCGCUGGUGUCGUGGUGCGGCGCGGGCGUGCGCGAGGCCGCGGGCGCGGGGGCGCUGCGCGCGCUGCUGCGGCGGUACCGGCCCGACCUGCUGCCGGCCGCCGCCGCCGCGGACCCCGACCCCGGCCCCGACCCCGACCCCUACCACAUCCUGCACCACCACUUCGGCAUAGCGCCCGUGUGGGCGGGGCCGGCGCCGGGUGCGGGCGCGGAGGACGUGCCGGUGAGCAAGCUCCGCGCGUACCUGAGCCGCGUGUAUCACGCGUUCAAGGGAGAGGUGCCGCACGUGCGACACGAUACCGAUAUGUUCCACCAGAUAAAACAGAAUCAGCAGAGAGAGAAGAGCAUCCGGAACACGGCAGAGCAGACGAUCGCGGAUUACUCCAAUGCUGCAGCGGCCGCCGCUGACAUCGACAAAUCAUAUUCGAGCCACAAGAAGAAGCGGCGCAUGACUCGCUCUCCCCACGUAAGUAACGCGACCGCAGAACACGUCCGCAAGCAGGUCGACAAGCUGCGUCUCGACGACGUGGGACGCCUUGAACAUACGCCGACGCCGAAACCGACGGUGACACGAAAUUCCACCACCAAGCUCAAUGACAAUAAAGUUUCUAAUUUAACGAACUUCUUCAUAACCGGAUCACUCGCUAAGCCCACGCGACACUUGAAGGGUCUCGAUCCGGAUACCAUUAAAUUUGUAAAUAUAUCUUUAGCCCGCACCGAUUCUAGCGAUACUGACACCACGUUGGUCUCACCGACCGUCCCGAAGCCGUCGACCGGCAGAUGCGAGAGGAAGCAGAACGCUUACGCCAGAUCACAUUCGGAGGAGUCGGCGGAGCACCGCUCGAGCGCGAUGCGGGGCUCGACUUUCAGGAAGAACUCUGAUUCGUGCUUGCAAUAUCAGAAAGUGAAUUACAAAGACGCCGGUCGCAUACAAAAUUUGGCAAACAAAUUCGAGGCUAUCGCCAAACACGUCGGCCCCGGGACUCGGGGGGUGACCCCGUCGCCCGGGCGGAACGCUGGAGAGAUGGCGUCCCGAAUGGGGCGCGUGUCGGAAUUGAUGGCGAGGAGGAGAGGACAGGUGGAGGCGACGGGUGGCGCCGGAAAGCGCCGGACGGCGCGCCAGAUCUCGCGCCAGCGACUCGAGAAGAGUCUGCGGCUGCUGAGCAUGGAGCGAGCGAGCCCGGCGCGCGCGGCGCUGGAGCACGACCACGGCCUGCAGGAGUACCGCGCCAGCGCGCCGCGCUUCGGCGACCGCGUGCGCUCGCUGGAGCAGAAGCUGCAGCACCACGUGAGCCCCGUGUGCCGUGUGCCGUGUGUUGCAUGCCCACUAACCGGCCUCCGAGCGGCGCACUCCCGAUACCCGACGACGUGUCUCAUAAUACUAAAAGCAUGCGUAGCCGUAAAAUAUUACAUGUAUCUUAUUUAUUGAAGCGUCACAUUAUAUAGGUCGUGUCCAUUGGGCCCGGACCCGCUCCCCGGACUCCCCGGCGGACCGACAUCGGCUCCGAUGUUCACCCGUUUCAGAUUACUGUAAUUUACGGACCUCCGUUCCGUUUCUAGGUUGUUUAGUGAUUAUGUCCGAUGAAAAUAUUUUUUGGAUGGGUAAAAUUCUCCGGGACGUCCGACGAGUGCCGACCCGGGACGCCCCCGGGCGGAAAAUAUUUUGAUGUUAUUAAUUUACCACCGAAGACUCUCUUCUACCUCCUACUAUAUAGAAAUCCCGGUGGCGCGACGCAAAUUAUA